GUCAGGUCGAGCGUCAUUAUUAUAUUAAUUAAAACAUAUUUGUAUUUAUUUUAAUAAAUUGACAAUGUUGUGGCAAUUAUUUUUAAUAAUAAUAACACUAUGGUUGGGAUACGUACGAUCGGAAACGUAUAUAUGGAAUCGGCACAAGAGGGAAUUGUUCAAGAAAUUAAAUGAGGCCACAAAAAUUCUGCCUGUUAUUGGAAUUAGUCAUAUAUUCCUUGUAAGCGAUAAAGGUGGACAAUAUGCUAUGAUGUCUAUGAAGACGGUAAUCGCCAACUUAGUACAACAAUACCGCAUAUUACCAUCAGAUAAUAUACAAAUAUAUGACCCUGAGAAACCAGCCGUCCGUCUACCUUUACGCGUCCAAUACAGUAUGAUGAUGAAACAUGUGGAUAACUUCGAAAUUAAAUUAGAACUUAGGUCCUAAAACUAAUCGCAAAUAGUUAUUUAUUUAAUAUACAUUAUUCAUAUUAUUAACAGGGUCUUACACGAAUAAUUUCAUGGCAAAUAAAGGUAUUUAGGCUAGUAUAACCUAGUCGAAAACCACAGCCCAAACCACUGGACGGAUCCGGCUGAAAUUUGGCAUGCUGUUAUGACGUAGGCU